AUGUUCGCGCGGUUCCGGGGCGCGCCGCCGCCGGCCGCCAGGCCGGCGCCCCCGCCGACGCCGAGCACUCACUACGGCCAGGGCGUCCCCGACGAGGACAUCCCGAUCGACGUGAAGUACUCCAAGCUCCUGGAGUGGCUCGUCGAUCGCAAGAAGACGCGCGCGGACUGGCGCGAGAAACUGCGCGCCAUUCAGGCGACGACCGCGUCGCUCGUCCGCAGUCUCCCGUCCCAUCUUCUGCGUCUGCACGGCCUCGGCGUCCCGGACGCGUCGAUAUUCGUCGGCGACGGCGGCGACGGCGUCGGGUGGGAUUACUUCCGAUGCGUGCUCGUGCGAGACGCGAUCGUGGCGGGCGCGUCCACCGCCGCGAGAGCUCAAGGGGGGGCGGUCGCUGAGGAGGAGGAGGAGGAGAAGGAGAAGGAGCCUGAUGAGAAGGACGUCGAGGACGUCGGCGGCGAGAUGACCGAGGCGAACGUGGACGACGGCGGCGACGGCGACGGCGACGGCGACGGCGACGCGGACGCGCCGACGCGCGGGCUCUUCGGCCGCCUCGCCGGCGUUGCGAAGAAGUGGGACGACGUCGUCCGCGCGUACGAGCGCGAUGGUCUCCACCUCCCGGAGACCGCGCUGGCGAUGGCGCGAGGCGUCGACCUCGAGAUCCCGCAUCACGACGCCAAAGCCGCGAGGGCGUCGAAACAGCUCGCGGACCUGGACCGGCGCGAGAGCGAGCUGAAGCGCGGUGUCGGGGUCGCGAGGGAGGCGUACAAGAGUGCGUGCGACGCGCUCGGGGUGAGCGCGGCCGCGGCCGCGGCGGGGAGGGGGGGGGACGGAGGAAACGGAGGAAAAGCAUUCGCCGAGGAGCUGAAGCGCAUCGCGGGGGGGCUCGACGACGCGUUCGCCGAGUGCGCCGCGCUCGCGCGGAAGAGCGACGUCGGCGAGGCGAUGACGCGCUACGCGGAGUGGUGCGCGUGGGCGCACGGCGACGCGCGCGGCGCGGAGACGUUCACGCCGACGUUGCUCGAGCUCCGAGCGUACGAAGACGGCGCGACGAUCGAGCCGCCCGCGACGAAGACGACGACGACGGCGGCGGCGGUCGACGACGACGCCGCGCCGCCGCCGCCGACGAUCGUCGAGCCCCCGAGCGGCGGCAUCGACUGGGACAUCGGCGACGCGUCCGCCGGCGGCCCCGAGGUGGUCGCGCCGCCCGCGGGGGGGAUCGACUGGGACCUCGGCGAUCUCGCGGUGGACGGCGGCGACGACGCCGCGGACGGUGCCGCGAUGAUCGUGGAACCCCCCGCCGGCGGCAUCGACUGGGACCUCGACCUCGGCGUCGAGGUCGAGAUCGAGCCGACCGGGGAAGCGCCCACCGUGGUCGACGCGCCCGAGGGCGGGAUAGACUGGGGCAUCGCCGUGGAAGACGUCGCGCCCGCGGAGGAGGACGACGACGCCGCCGCCGACGGCGGGUUCUCGCUCGACGCCGCGAUGGCUUCUGUCGCGACGAUCGACGUUUCGUCGACGGCGACGGCGAUCGCCGCCCGCGUGCCGUUCCACGCGCGUCUCCGCGACCAAGACUUCCGCGCGGCGCUCGUGAACGAGCUCUCGGAGCUCGCGGCGUUCUUCUCCCAGCGCGUCGCGGAUUCGCGAUCGCCGGAGACGACGUCACUGCUGGCGUCGGCGCCGGCGUCGAUCCAACGCUCGUCCGCGCCGGACGUCCUCGCCGACCUCCGCGCCGCCGUCCUCGCGCCCGUCGCGACGCUGCGCGCCGCGAGGACGCGGAAGCUGCUGCUCAUCGCGA